AAUUUUUGAUAUAAUAUAAAGUCAUAUUUGACUAAAUUUAAUUUCACAAAUUCAAACAAUGGCUUAAUAUAUACAUUCAAUUUGACAAUACACUGACAGAAUUCAUACAUAAAAAUCAGGAGGAUAACUAAUUUAAGAUGAAUUGUUGUGUGCGUAAUAGAUCAGCAUCUGAAACUGUUGGCGAUGAAAGCAUAACUAAUGGAAGACGAAUAACCACUCAAUCAGGACGUACUUGCUGUUGGGGAAGUUCAUUUCGUGAAAAUGAAACGAGAAGUUCGACAAGAACAUCAUUGGAAGUCAAUUUGCCAAACAAUUCUGUUAAUAAUUCUAUAGCUCACACGGAAAUUGAUUCAAAUAUUUACAUGUAUCCAAGAGACACUUCCGAGUCUGAAUCAAUGGUAACAGGGAGAAGAUUUCCAUCAACUAACAAACUAUUAGAUUUGCUAAGUAUGUGCUUUUGGAAAUGCAGUCCAGGCUGCCAACAACUGCCAGAACAUUAUAACAACAGUUCUUCAUCCCACUGAAACAAGAUAUUAUUUGUAAACAAUAUUUUUUAUUUACAUAUUAUAUUACAACACUUUUCUCAAAUAAAAUCUACAGCCCAAA